AUGACAUCAACAACGCCCCCAGACGUCGCCGCCCGAGUAGAAGCCUACAUCCCCCGCUUCCAGCUCACCCGCCUCCUAAACCAAGACCAAGCCGGCCGCCGCAUCUCCCUCCUCGGCACCAUCGACUCCAAACCCGCCCUCCUCAUCGCCGAGCGCGCCGCCUUCGCCACCGACAACGCCCACCUCUCCUCCUUCCCAACCUCCCUCACUAAAAUUAAGAACCUCGGCGCAAACGACAUCUACGCAUGGUUCCUCGCAAACUCGAACCCCUCUUCUACCAAUGGGGACGUACCUCCGGACUUCAAGCUCAAUUUGAUUUACCCCUGCACAGAGAAGCAUGUGAAGAAGUACUCUGCGCAGGGCUUGCGCAUCGUGACGGAGACGCCAUCCACUUAUGCGAAAUACGUUCUUCCCUGGAUCCGUUCCCAGCGCGAAAAAGGCACGCUGAACUGGGUGUUUAAUAUCAUUGAGGGGCGCACCGAGCAGGAAGACGUCAUCUACCGGGAGUCCGACCCGCAGAACGGGUUCCUGCUCUUACCCGACUUAAACUGGGAUCGUAAGACGCUUACAAGCCUACAUCUUCUAGGAUUGGUCGAAAGAAGAGACAUUUGGAGCGUGAGGGACUUGAAGAAGGUGGAUGUCGAGUGGUUGAAGCAUGUGAGGGAGAAAUUGAUUGGGGCGACGACGAAGCUUUAUCCUGAUGUUGAGGCGGAUCAGUUGAAGCUUUAUGUACAUUAUCAACCGACGUAUCAUCACUUUCACAUUCAUAUCGUGCACGUCCAGCUUGAGGCUGGCGCCACGCAAUCUGUUGGCAAAGCGUUGGGGCUCGAGAACAUUAUCUCUACGCUGGAGAGCUUGGGUGGUGGUGAAGAGGCGGGGAUGCAAGAUGUAAGUUUGGCGUAUCAUCUGGGUGAGGCGAGUGAGUUGUGGGAGAAGGUGUUUGGUGUGUUGAAAGAGGGGGGAGAGCCCGAUGUUGAGGGGUUUUAA